GCCCAGACCCUCCAGAGUGUCCCCGCCACUGGCUUCUCACGCGCAUCUGCCUUUUCCAUCAAGCAGUUCACCUCCUUUUGUGGAAUACCAGAUAGUCAUUUGGAAAAAAGCUUUCUGAGCCCUAAGCCACAGUCCCAUGAGCCCUGUUUCAGCAGCUAAGCUUAUCAUGUGUGAAGAUUCAGGUCCUGCUCCUGAAGAUGGAGAAAGCUUUGAGAAGGUGAAGGAGGAAGACCCCACAUGGGAGCAAGAGAGCCGCUCCCACACUCUGGAGCUUUGCCGCCUACGAUUCCGGCGGUUCGGCUACCAUGAGGCCUCAGGACCUCGCGAGGCUUUCAUCCAGCUCCGAGAACUUUGCCAUCAAUGGCUUAGGCCAGGGACACACACCAAAGAGCAGAUGCUGGAGCUGCUGGUGCUAGAGCAGUUCCUGACUAUCCUGCCCAAGGAUCUUCAGGCCUGCCUGCCGGUGCAACAUCUGGAGAGUGGAGAGAAGGUGGUGACAGCGCUGGAGAAUCUUGGGACAGAACAUGGACACUCAGGACAACAGGCCUCAGUCCACAGUCAAGGGCAGGACAUGCAUCCAGUGGUGAGUGAAUAUCAAGCACCCUCUUUGGAGUGUCAGUGUCUCCAGCCGCUGCCUGGGGUAACUUCCCUGAAGUGCGAACCUCCAGAGUGUCACUUGCAAGAAGGAAGUGAGCCUGCGCCCCAGCAGCCAGCUCUCCAGCGGAAGACACCUGGAGACAAGGCAGCAGUGACUGUGGUCAACUCAGCCAAGUUGCAGGUAUUGGUGAAGACUGAAGAAGCAGCCAUCUGGACCCUUGUCCCACCGGAAGGGCCACAUCUGGGUCUAGCUCAGAGGACCCUCCCUGGAAACUCAGUACCGGAGAAUGUGACCAGUCUCAGUCUGAUGAGUGAAGAGAGUGUGACCGAAGAUGGAUUGUUUUAUACAAAGCAGGAAAUGUCGACAGAAUUGGACCCAGGUGGGGGAACCCCAGGAAUACCCAGCAGGGAAUGUAUAUCCCAGAUCUCCGGUAGUACUCCGGUACCUCCUGAGAGUGCAGUUCCAACUUUGAACAUUGUGAAGGACCACCAGCCCGGUGACCUGUGGGCCCGGAUGCACGUUUCAUCCAUGGAAUAUGCUGCAGGAGACAUCACCCACAAAGGAAGGAAAAAAGACAAAGCUCGAGUGAGAGAACUGCUUCAAGGCCUUGCGUUUUCUGGUGACUCAGAUUUGGAGGAAGAAAAUGACCCUGAAACCCAGCAGUGUCAGAAGAAGCUAAAGAUGUCAAGUGUCCCAGAGAAGAACUGGACCAAAAGAGACAUUCAUCCUAGCUUCCCAAGCUGGUCAGCACUGGAUUCUGGACUUUUGAAUCUCAAGCAUGAGAAGUUGAACCCAAUCGAGCUCUUUGAAUUGUUUUUUGAUGAUGACACUUUCAAUUUGAUUGUCAGUGAAACCAAUAAUUAUGCUUCUCAGAAAAAUGUCAACUUGGAAGUCACAGUCCCAGAAAUGAAAUGUGUGUUUGGUGUCCUGCUUUUGAGUGGAUUUGUAAGACAUCCUAGAAGAGGGAUAUACUGGGAAAUCUCUGAUACCGAUCAGAAUCUGGUUAGGGCUGCAAUUAGAAGGGACAGAUUUGAAUUGAUCUUCUCAUAUCUACAUUUUGCAGAUAAUAGCCACUUGGACCAAAAAGAUGCAUUUACAAAAUUGAGGCCUCUCAUAAAGCAGAUGAAUAAAAACUUCCUCAUGUACGCACCCCUGGAAGAACACUAUAGCUUUGGGAAGUCCAUGUGUGAAUGCUUUGAUAGUGACCAGUUUCUGAAUGGAAAGCCUAUUAGGAUUGGCUAUAAAAUUUGGUGCGGUACCACCACAAAGGGCUAUCUGGUUUGGUUUGAGCCCUAUCAAGAAGAAUCAGCUGUGAAGGCAGAUCAACAUCUUGAUCUUGGUUUAGGUGGGAAUCUAGUGAUGACCUUUGCUGAUGUUCUUUUAGAGAGAGGUCCAUAUCCUUAUCACCUCUGUUUUGAUAGCUUCUUUACAAGCGUCAAAUUGGUAUCAGCCUUGAAGAAGAAGGGCCUGAGAGCAACAGGAGCAAUUCGUGAAAACAGGACUGAACAGUGUCCUCUUAUGAGCACAGAACACAUGAAAAGAAUGAGGAAGGGUUAUUUUGAUUUCCAAGUAGAAGAAAAUGAUGAGAUCAUCUUGUGUCGUUGGCAUGGUGAUGGUAUAAUCAGCUUGUGCUCCAGCGCUAUAGGCAUAGAGCCAGUGAAUGAAAUAAACUGUUAUUUUGCUGGUGGUGAAGAGAGCCUUCAGAUCCAUCAGCCUUCCAUGAUGAAACUGUAUGAUGAAUGCAGGGCAGGUGUAGCUAAAAUGGAUCAAGUAAUUUCCAAAUACAGAGUGAGAAUAAGAAGCAAGAAAUGGUACUCAGUUUUAGUAAACUAUAUGAUUGAUGCAGCAAUGAGCAAUGCCUGGCACCUACACCGAAUCUGUAACCCAGGUGCUUCUCUAGACCUCUUGGAUUUUUGGAGAUGCGUCGCACAUUUCUACUUGGAGCACAAUGCUAAUCUGUCCGACAAAGGCAGGUGACGUGGACAUAAUGCAGAGUUCAGCAAGUUGCAGAAAAGCUUAACUACAUAUUUGAUUGUAUAUUCCAAAACGAAUCUGGUGCCUGUAAAAUCAAGGAUUGUUAUAACAAGUCAUGUUAGAGAAUUAUCUGUAAAAAUGUUGAAUUCCAGUUGUACCUUUUUCUAUGUCCAAUUUUGUUGUCAGACAUGGAAAACCAUUUAUUUGUUGAAUUGAUUAUUUUAUGCAUUUA